UUUGUUUGUGACGAUUGCGCAUUGUAUACUGUGUCGAGGCGUUUGAAAACAGCCGCGAAAAGUUCCUCCUUCGUCAUUUUCUCUAAAAUUGUGAUGUUUAUCCGUAUAUAUGAGAAUUACACUUGACUUUUGACGUUUUAUGACUUCUUAGUCGUGACUCUGAUGCAAGAAAGACCGUAUUUGUCGCUUUUCUACCAGUAUUGACUCAUUUAUGUUAGCUCAUCCGCAGAUUUGCCGCUGACAUUACUCCACUAUUUAGGACAUGAAGCCUGCACGAGGUUCAAGCCGAGCAGCUUCAAAAACACCCAACCUGAAAAACAAGAAGCCUUAUCCAGUGACAACCAAAGCAAGAUGUCAGGUAAGAUAAGGCACUCGACAGCUGAGGCCGACCUGUGUUGUUACUUCAUGAAUGUGAUCAAAUCUGGUGUUUGGAUUACAGGAGCCCGGUGAUACAGACAAGGGCAAACCCUCAAAGAAGGCGCAGAAGAGGAAAGGUUAGACCAGAUUUAGCAUGCUUCCUGAGUCUAUAUCUGUCCACUGCUGUGUAUUUGGUUAUACCAGGAUAUUAAUGCUUCAUACUGUCUGGGACAUUUCAGAUAACCUACUUCUCUCUGGUACUACUUUCAGCUGAAGGCUCACCAUCACUCCCUAAAAACAAAUUCAUUGCUAAGAACUGGAAACCGAUGACAUGCUCCUCUAUUUCUGCUCUGGAGAAUAUAAUGGACCUGUCAAUAUUGUAAGUUUUACACUAUCUUCACUCUGGUACAGCCCUGUUCCACCUAAAAGGAUGGAUAAUUGCAUUAUUAAGUUUUCAUGUGGCAUAAGCAGAGAAAUUCACAAAAGAUUAGAUAUUGCAAAUUCAUGCCUCCCAUCUUCCCCGAUAUGGUUUAACAACGCCUUUAAAAGCUGCAGGGAGUCCUCUGUUUAAUAACGAAUGGUUGUAGUUGUAUCUCUCAAAUUGUAGAGAACAGAGAGAUUCUAUCCCUGGAAAAACUUAUUAAAAGAUAUAACAUGAACCUGAAUACCAAAAGUUUUUUUUACAGUACUCCCAGUUUAAAUCAAUUGUCUCUAAAUGUCCUAAAACCUAUUUUGAUUAUAAUUAUGAAAUUGAUAAAAAAAAACUCAAAGUUCUGUCAUCAAAUAGAGGAGUAGUUUCAAGUUUAUACAAAUUAUGACUUUAUUCCACUUCAAAUCCAAACUCAAAGACAGAGUCACAAUGGGAAUGUGACAUAGGGGUUCAAUUCUCUCCUGAAGAGUGGGGAAACAUUUGGUGUGACAUGAAAACAACUUCCAAAUCAGUCAGAGGUAAAGUAAUACAACUGAAAACUCUCCACAGAGCCUAUAUUACUCCAUCUAGACUUGAUAAAAUAGACCCAAGUACCUCAAAUCUGUGUUGGCAUAAAUAUGGGAAAGUGGGAAACCUGAUUCAUAUGUUGUGGUUCUGCCCUGCUGUUAAUUUGUUUUGGAAAGAAGUUUGCAAGUUGAUUUCAAUGAUUGUUAAUGUCAAUAUUUCGCCAUGUCCACCGUUAUGUCUGUCGGGUCAGAGGGAUUAACAGCUGAAAACCAAACAGGAAAGGAAAACACUUGGCAUAGCUUUUUUAGCUGCAAAGAGAAUGAUCUUGUCUAAUUGGAAAAUUCCCAAACCAAAUUGUUUUUCUAUUGAAACCUUCUUGUCUGAGUUUUUCAACCUUCCAAGCGCGGAGCGACUCACAGAAAAACUGAAUGAUAAUAAAGUAAGAUCUGAGGUAAUUUGGAAACAGAUGCGCGUACUGUGAUGUAAAGUGAAACAAAUAAGAUGUUUGUAACAUGUUGUGGCCUGACUCAUCGUGUUUGCAAUGUACCUCGUACGAAUGAAGAUAUCUUGUUAUACUCCCUUUUAAUAUAUGAAUUAUUACCUAAAUAGGAGCAUUAGGAACAUGCACUAACCCCCCUUCUCUUUUUUAAUUUUAUUAUUAUUAUUAUUUUGUUUUUUUUUCUGUCCUGUGUAGUCGUGCGAUUGUUGUUUUGGUGCUGUCUUGUGUUACCUAAAACAUAAAUAAUAAUAAAAAAAAAAAGUGUUUCAGCUACACUUGGUGAACCAGCAGAGGCUGUCCCCUCCUGUAAUGUUGUUGAAAAGCUGCUCAGAACACAUUUGUAAGAUCAUUCUCAUCUCCAUUAUAGAGCAACUCUUGCCUUGAAGCGGACAGAGAAGAAGGAAGGCCAGGAACAUCUAAACAAGAUGAAAAACAUGUGAGUGAUCGUGCAGAAAAGUCAUGUUAUUGGCAUGAGUACAAAUGAUCCGACUAAUCAGAACAUAAGAACCACAUUUAUCCACCCACUCUCAAACACUGAAUGAUCAUAAACAUUGCAAUACAUGUAUAACAAGAUGGGCCAUCAUUAAUCAAAUGAAUAAGGAUUACAAAUACAACAGAAAAGUAUUAAAGAUUGGGAUUUAUUGGGAUUUCUCGCUCAUCAUUUUCAGGUUUCUUGCACAGUGUAAACAGCUCAAAGUCCCGGUGCAAAAACAGAAGAGUUUCGAGCUGCUGUCGCACCAACACCAGAAGGAGUCAAAGAAGUCUGUGCUUGGAAAGCAGACUUUGAGCAGCCUGAAGGUGUGAACUCAGUCUUUACUCUUGAUCAUGGGUGCAUAGCAGUAAGUACUGAAACAACUUCAUUUUAAAUCAGUUAGUAAAACAGUUUUUCUUAAAAGCUAUUAUUUUAGGAUGUUAUGUCUCUAGUGGACAGUGAUAGUGCAGGAAACCAGGAGACAGUGGGGAGUGAUACAUGGGAAAGUGUUCACAGACUGGAACCGGCCUGGGGCGGUUUGGUUGAAGACUAAAGCCUCUGCAGAUUAGGCGCCACAUUGAAGUGAUUUUUAAGACUUUUAAGACUUUUCUUCAAAUGUAAAGAUAAAUAAAUAACUCUGUUAGGUGAUUUCUUUUACUGCCUUUUGCUAUUUUCAACUGUAAUGUAAAUCUUGCAUUUCUUCGUCUAAGAACUAUCAAUUUGAUAUACUUGACGGCUUGAUGGAAAAAUGAUUGAUAGAUUAAUCAAUAACAUAAAUAGUCUUCGGCUGCAGUUGUAAGUGCUAAAAAUCAUACUUAUCCUACAUAAUUGCCAGUUUUAAAAAAAGAAAUUAACCUUCUGUAUAUGAUUUGUUAUUGAAUUGUUCUUACUACCAUGCUAUGUGAUUUUGUUGUGUCAUUGGGGUUUUCAGGGGGAUAUGAAGGCUUUGGUCAGCACUCUGGAGAUGGCAGAAGAGCAAACAGAGUCUUUACAGCACAGAUGCAGUACGCUCAGAGACCAGGUGGAAGAGGAGGAGGAGAAAGCUAAAGAGGUACAGGUCACUAACACUGGGAGAAACAUUACUCAACAAACUCUGAAUAUUUGUUGUCAUCUUCUUCCUCCUUUUUUUGAAUGAUUACUCUGUCGUGUCUAACGUAUGAGGGGGAAAGUCUAUAUUCCUCUCAUUAUAGUUUUGAUUUAUUUUACCAGAAAUGAUCUGAAAAAAGGCAAACAAUAUCUCAGUAAAUUACCUUCUUAAUGUUACUGACCAAAAAGCUCUUGCAGACACUUCUGUUGCCACAAGGAUUCAACAAAUGUUGUUAAUAUUAAUUUACUCUGGAAACAAUGAGAGGUUUUUUUUGUGCCAUUUCAUCACAAUAGGAACUGGAAUUGAGAUGAUCAAGAUGUUAAAGUGGUAGAGUGCAUUUCCUCAUACAAUUUUUAUCUUGCUUGAGAGUAAAUCUGAAUUUUUUUCUAAAAAAGACAAAGCGGAACAUUGUGGUGAAAACGUUGAAAAAAAAUGACAUUUAUGCUGACAUAGUGUGUGUAUUCAUGAGAAGUCUUAUCAGGGGAUGCAGGAAAUGAGUCUUCACCUAAAGCAAUUUUCUUGCACCACGACAGGAUGCAAGAUGUUUUUGUAGAAGAAGGUUUUUUCUUGAUGUUUUUACCUUCACUAUUAGAUGAAGAGAUAAAGAUGCAAUUAUCUUUGCACCUUUUUUCCCCUCAGAUUUUACAAAUAACUGAACACACCGCGCUCAAUCUCCCCCCUCUCCCUUUGCAUGGGUGGAAAAAACAUUAGAGGUGAGCAUAUAGUCUCUGCUGGACUUGUCUCUUUUGCACAAUAGUUUUGACCAUCAAAGGGUCAUUUUCUCUUUCUCUCUUUUUGAAUAAGAAAUAAGCGGACACUUCCUCUACUAUGAAAAAGGAAGGCCAAAGCAUGCUCUGUUGUGCAACAUUUUUGUAAUAUUUAAAAAAAAAAACUGUCUUCUUACGAAAGUCACAGAGAGAACAUGCAGUACAUGAUUCUGUGUUGUAUAACCUGAUGUUACUAGUUUGAAGAUUAAACUUUGUUUUCAUGACACUUAAAACUGUGCAAAAACUCUUUCAACAUUCAACAGCUAUGGUAUUAGAGUCAAACAAUUAAAUCAUAAUUUUGUUUUCCACGGGCUCAGGGGAGAAGAAUAACACCAGAAAGGCAGACUGAGACCACUCCAGGAUGGACAGAUACUGCUGCUACAGACACACAGACAUUGAUCAGCUUCCAACCUGGUUUGGCUGAAAUAAUGAUCCACCUUGUUCAAACUGGAACUUUGCUAAGUGUCCCCUCACACAGAUCUAAAAACGCAAGGAAAAUCUGCAGGUGUAACAAGAAGUGACAACACAGUCUGAGGUUUUGGUUUUAGGAAAUAUUACUUAAUCUUUCUGUUGUAGUUCCUGGUUCACUUGUGGUAAUCAGUUUCAGACAGCAGGUGCACUCUCAAUUUUCUUCCUUUAGUGUUUUAGUCUCCUAUGAAAAUGAAUAAACAGAUGACUGUUGUGCUGUGGAUGCUUCUGUUUAGUGUGCAUUGGUAUAAAGUAGGCCUGGGCGAUUUGGGGAAAUAAAUGAUCACGAUUUAUUUUGUCAUCUCGUCCGAUCUCGAUUAUUAUCACAAUUAUUUUUAAAGUGCCAGUUUUAAAGCAUCUGUACUAAAAACUAAAAAAAAAACUAGAGAUUAGUUCAACAUUUUAUUAACAUAUAAAGUAAAUAACAAAGCAAAUUGAAUAAGAUACACUUAGAAAAAUCUAAAAAAAACAUUUUAACUCAACAGUACUACAUGUUCUACAUGCUCUCUCCCGUACGAGGCUCUCUGAACAUCUGUACAUGAAAUACAGCACUCUUUAAUCCGAGGCUGCCCUGAACGCAUCAUUCUCGCAUAUCUCGCGUUUGUUUUCCUUUCAUCAAAACGUUCAUUUUGAUACAAACACUGUUUAAAUAUAGUUUACAGCUGAAACCGACCCGAAUCAUCCCAAUUUGUAACGUCAAAGUAUCAAUCCACUGUCUGUGUUGGCAGGAAUGGAUACAAUUGAUCGCUGUUUUGGUCUGGUGGCUGCACCGCUAGUUGUGGCUAAACUGUUAAUGCUACUCGUACCGUCAGCAGUGACCGGCUGUGCAGACUCCGCUCGCAUUUUCAUGUUUCUUCCAAUGAUUAAACAGAUCUGUUGUGUUGCCGGUUUAUCUGCUUUAUUGCUCUACGUCACUUUGGAGAGACGUUAAAUAACUUCUCAACAGCACCAUCUUCUGAGGAUGACUCAAAGUCACGGCUCACAUCUACUUUGCUGCCCUCAGCUCUGCGUGUAGCUCCACGUUAGGUCAUUCUGUUCACUUCUCAUGUUUAUUUUUCCGGUAACUUAGUGAAGUGAGCAGGAAAAGCUCGACUCUGAUUGGCUGUUGUGACGCACAUUUCCGCCAUCUUUGAUCGAGUAAAUAAGCUCACAGCUGAUCACCGUGAUCGAACUGAAUUUGAUCGCGAUCAUCGAUCACGAUCAUAUAAUCGCCCAGUCCUACCCCCAAUACUUACUUUGUUGUUAUAGUUCUUGUCUUUAACUCUUUUAACAUACUAACUUUUUAUUAUUCUUCUACUUCUGCCUUUCUUUACUUUCUACAUUUAUACAAUUACUUUAACUUCAGCUGUUUCAUACUUUCUACAUUGGUAUGUAGGGCAGUAACUGAAGCACGGCAAUAGAUGGUGCUGUCCUGCAUUCUCAAGUUACUAUAGUUGGAUGCUGCAAACUGCAGAAAUCUGUUUUACUAUUUAUACAUUUAAUGGGAACAUUGUUACACAUUAUUUUAAAGGCAUUUGUUUUUCAAAUUCAUUUAUCCUUAUUAUCAGUUCUGUUAUUUCACAUAAGUGUUAUACGUUUUUCACUUAGGCUAUUAUUCAAUUUGUACAUUCAUCCAACUAAUUUACCUUCAGCUAUACUACAAUUCUGUCAUUCAUACCUUCCUCCAUUUUUUAUUGGCAGUUUUGCAUUGCUUUUUCAGCUUUCAGCACUAUGCAUUUCCACGCAUUUUCUUCAAGGAAAUGCAAUUUUUCUAGUUAUGUCUUCUUUCCAUUAAGGUCCUUAUAAAAACCAGUGGAAAGAAGUUUGUUAUGACACCUCUUAUUUGACCCUGUAAGAUUCUUAUUAACUGUCCACCUGAUUUUUAUAAAAUCCCACAGGUGGGGUUUGGGUUUGGGUCACACACAGGAGCAGGGCUUACAUUUUUAAAUUUUGUAGGGGCCACUAUGGAGCCAAUAUUAGUUGGAUCUCCAUUUUGACAUUGGUGCCCUCAAGAGGACGCCCAUCCUGAUCUGUGUACCAAAUUUCAUGUGGCUGUGCAUAUCUGUACAGUGUUGCCGACUUCUCAGUAAGGAAAGUAGCUAUUGGCUGUCAUAAAAGUUGCUAAAUGAUUUCAUCUGCUAAUUUGCAUAAUUGGCCAAAUUGUAAUGGACGCUGUAAGUGAGAUAAACAACAAAAAGUGAGUAACAAACACCCCAAAUACGUUUAGAACUACAAAUUAACUUUCUUCUGUCGAGUCGUGUAUUUUUUAUUUUUUUUGUCACAAUACCAACCCUCCUCCUUAAUCCGGGCUUGGGACCGGCAAAAAUGACACAAUUGAGACAACAAUUUGGCGGAGUUACUGAGGUAUUUUUUUUUUUAUAUACAACUGUAUAAAAUUGGGGAAACCGAAGCACUCGGAGAAAACCCCUUCUCUAGCCAAAGUGAGGCUGUAGAGUAAAAACAUGAGGCGGGACCUCAGGCCUCAGGGAAAGUGGAGUCCCUCCCACCCAGCCUCUUCAAACGUACAGGCUUUUUAGUCACGUUUGAAGAUGCGGGUGAAGGGUUUGAACACAGACUUGAAGAAGCCUUUGAAUCCACUCUUUUGUUUGGGGCUCAGUUCUUCUUUAAAGGCCUCAAUGAUGUGGGUGAGGACCUUAGGAUCCUGUACAACGGUGAACUUGAUGAGCUCGAUAUCUAACUCCUUGGACAGUUUCUUGUGCACCUUCCUUACUAUCUUCCUCAUGUCGGCAAAGGACAGUUUAACCUCGACUUCAGAGCCCUCCAUUUCUGCCCACAGAGCCUCUGUCAAAACCGAGAUAGCCUGGUCUUCUUUGACAUAUAUCCUCCAGGUGUCCAUCAGCAUUUUUACCAGCCCAGCCACCAGCAUUUCACAUCUUAGUCUAUCCCAGUAAUCCAGCCAAGCUCCACCGCUUAGCUCAGCUUCUUCACUGAUAUUUGUCUCCUCAGUAACAGGAGCUGGUGUAGCUGCAGACUGGGAGAUCUUGGUCGUCUGGAUUUUUGGGAAAGCUUGAUUUUCGUACACAACUGCCUCGAUCUGCCUCAGAGCAGCGGUGGCUUGAUCUUUCCCUCUAUUGUGCUUCUCUGCCUGCGCAACCAACCAGUUCCACAUCAUCUUCAUGAACUGGUCCACCUCAGUGCGGAUAACACCUGCAGAAAAGAGCUUUUGUUUCUUCUCACGAUUCAUCAGCUGGAACAAGACGAAUGCCACCAGUUGGUUUUUUUUCUCUUCAAACUGGUCCUCAGUGAUGUUUCUGGCCAUCCUCCUGUAGAAGCACAUCACAUUUGUGCACUCUCUCCCCGUUUCCUCGAUCAUGUCGUCCACAAUAGUUGAAACCCCCGUCAUGAGUGGCGUCAUGACAGAAUCUCUUUCUUCUACAGAGAUCUUUCCAGUGAGUUUGCGGAAAAGUUUAAUGAUAGACUUUUUUGCAAACCUUUUUGUGAGAAACAUCUUGAUCCUUCUCAUGAUAUUUCUCUGUCUUGCUUUCUUUGCUUUGGCGGGUGGUGUGGUCUCUUUAACAGGUGAAGCUUCUGGCUCCUGUGAAACGUUGUCACCCCAGACAAUUUUUACGAUUUCAGAAGCUGUUUCGUCUGUGUCCCUGUCAGAGAUGGACAGAUGUUUGGAUAAUUCCUCCUCUGAAAGGUCAUCUUCAAUGUCAGUACCAUCCAGGUAAUCUGUGUGCUUUGACAGGAUGGACUUGACCGCCUUCAAUGUUUCAUGUUUGAGGCUUUCUUUGUGGAACAUUUCAGGUUCGUCCUCUACAAAGGGUGUCACAGGGGUCUGAAAAUGGUCCCCAACUGGCUCUUCUUCCUUUACGUCUUCUUCCUCUACUUGUGUGUUCGUACAAGUCAGACUGUUAAUAGUAGUCGGACAGCAGAGGCCAUUAAGGGCAAAAUUACAUGCAAAUUUGUAGUUCGUGACUAUGAUCUUUCUGAUCUUUCUUGCCAUAUCCUUCAGUCUGUAGCAGAAAGACUUGGUGGCCUGCUGCUCUUUGUUGGAGUUGAUCCGCUCUGUAACCUCCUCGACCACGAUAGAGUUCACCUUCUCUGUGGUCCUGCUAUGGAUGUCCACUGGGAUGCCCAAUGCAUCUGCAAUGGCGAAAUUAAUGCUGUCUCCCAGGAUUGCGUGGACCUCUUUCUUUGAGAUUCUCUUCUCUGUUGAUUUGGGAGGACCUUCUUCACUAUUACUGUUUUCAAUUGCAAUGGAGAUGUAUUUGGCUACUGUGUCAACAAUGUCCACACACAUGUCUCUGAUCAUGUCUUUGGUCCCCUGGUCCAGAGACCCAUGCGCUAUUGUGAUCCAUUGAUUUCUAGCCAGUUUCCUAAUGAAUUCAUUCACAAUGGGAAGAAGGACGGUGGGCUCGAUCAUACGAAUGUUCCCGACCAUGUUCAUCAUGAUUCUUAUGUUCGGCCCUUGCCUUACUGUGAUCCAUUCAUUAUCAAACUCUUGCCGAACUAACAUGUCCACUUCAGGAAAAGGGACGGUGGGCUCGGUAAUAGGAACGGUCCUGACCAUGUUCAUCGUAGUUCUUGGGCUCUGCAUUGUUUCUUCUGUUUCUGUUUGUUUGUAGAAAUGUAAACCUCUUAUCUCUGCCAACUCUUACACCGGUUCAAACAACGAAACUCUCACCUGCAACAUUCUGUUGGCGCGGAAGUCGAAUCCAUCUGAUGACUUCAAAGAGAGUGAUGAUGUCAUCAAAGAAAGUGAUGAUGUCACAUUCUUCGAUGACAUCAUUGCAUUUUUGAUGACAUCAUCACAUUUCUUCAGAUUUUUUUUUUAUGCCAGAUCGAUUCAAUAAUCUUUAUUGACACAAAGGAACUGAACAGAAUGACAGUCCUCAGACAACCUCAGACAGUUCAUCCUAGCCGUUAUUAUUAUUGACACUAGUUUUGAUAACAUUUCAAUUUAAGUUCUUCGAAUUGUUAUUAAGCCACUUAUUUGAUCUUGUAAACUUGAUAAGAUGUUCAUCAACAUAAAAAAUACAUGUAAAUGAAAGAAAAUUAAUAUCAUAUGGAUGUUUAAGAGAAGUUUAUGUAUGUGUCUCAUAAUCUAUUAAGAAUGUGUAAAUUAGCAAAUUGAUUUCUGUGUUACUAGUGCGCUUGCACUUGACCCACAUUUAAAGGGUAUUCCGUUUUGUUUUAUCAUUUUUCCAUUUUUGUUGUUGUUGUUUAACAUGUUUCUUUAUAUUCUUGUCGGUUAGUUUGUUUCAGAUUCAGCAUGUUUUAAUUUACUUGUAUUGAUGGGGAGGAUUCCCUAUCAGCCCUUUAGGCUUCUGUCAUCUCCUGCAAAGUUUGGCUGAACUUCUUUGUUUUAAUAUGUAAUUACUUUAUGUCUACUUUUGUGGAAAAAAAUAACAAAUAACUCCACCAUUAGAAAGACAUUUGGGGAGAGUGGGGUAAGAUGAGCCAUUUUUCAAAUUUCAGAUCACUACAUCAAUCAUAGUUUUGUCUCUAACUAGUGUAUCUGCAUAUAUUUCAGGAUGUUGUGCAUCCCUGCAAACACAGAAUGAGUGUAAACAUAACUGUCUUGAUAAUAUCGCAUGACGAAAAAAGUGGUCAACUUAAGUUGACCAUAGGAGCGGGGUUAGUUAAGCCGUAUCCCUACUAUGCCCCCACUCUCCAGCCCAGUCACUUCUUCACAUUCAUGCGUAUUUAUAUCUAUUAUACACUAUUCAACUGAUACAGUGAUUAUUUUUAUUAAUAUUGCAUAUAACUGCUAAAAAGCUGUUUUGUAAAAAGCCAUUUUAACAUAAGAAUGUCUUUAAGUGAUUCAGAACAUUCACAGCUGUAUUCUUUAAAAGAAAAAGUCAAACAUUUCAACAAUCUGAACUGAAACUCUGACCCUCUCAUCAGACUCCUUUAAUUUCUCAGUUGUGCCAAUGGCUUAACUUAACCCAGCACUACUGUUAUGACUUUAUUAGUCCUCUAGGCUAAAAUGGUGGACUUUUAUGUAAGGUUUUUGACCUCAUGUUGUAGCUGAUAGAUACCGCAAUUGAUGUAUGAAACAAAUUUAAAAUGCUAGGCCGCGCACACGCACACACUAUUUCCAUUUGUGUGCAUUACUGUCUUUCUGUCAGUAGAAAAUACACCCCCAAUUAGGCCUGGGCGAUUUGGAAAAAAAAUGAUCACGACUUAUUUUGUCAUAUCGUCCGAUCUCGAUUAUUAUCACGAUUUUUUUUAAAGUGCCAGUUUUAAAGCAUCUGUACUAAAAACUAAAAACACUAGAGAUUAGUUCAACAUUUUAUUAACAUAUAAAGUAAAUAACAAAGCAAAUUGAAUAAGAUACACUUAGAAAAAUCUAAAAAAACAUUUUAACUCAACAGUACUACAUGUUCUACAUGCUCUCUCCCGUAUGAGGCUCUCUGAACAUCUGUACAUGAAAUACAGCACUCUUUAAUCCGAGGCUGCCCUGAACGCAUCACUCUCGCAUAUCUUGCGUUUGUUUUCCUUUCAUCAAAACGUUCAUUUUGAUACAAACACUGUUUAAAUAUAGUUUACAGCUGAAACCGACCCGAAUCAUCCCAAUUUGUAACGUCAAAGUAUCAAUCC